AUGGCCGCAAGCCAUUUAUCACAGUGGUUUAGAACUGACAUUAGGAAAAUAGGUCAGUGUUUUAAUUUUAGUACAGAGCCACCUGUCUUUGUCAGUACCAACAUGGCUGUAGUAAAGCCUCAACAAGUUAGAAAUACAUUUUCUAUCCUCAGGGAACAUGGAGAAUAAAUACAAAAUGGUAGUUUCUGGAGUAAUAUUUUUGAGGUUACAUAUUUAAUAUUUUUGCAGUCAUAAUUUUUCAACAUGCAGGAUAAAAGCAGUGCGGUUUCUUAUGUCACGGCUUCUUUAAAAGAGCUCCAGAAGGUUUUGUAUGGAGGUAAAAGAUUUGGGAACCAUGUGGAUGAGGUUUGGCCAAACCUUUUCAUUGGGGACAUGUCAGUUGCCAAUGAUCGCUACAGUCUGUGGAAGCUGGGAAUUACUCAUGUUGUGAACACAGCUCAUGGGAGAAUGUACUGUCAGGGGAAUCAUGACUUUUAUGGAGCCACAGUGGAAUAUUAUGGAGUCCCCGCUGAUGACUCGCCAACUUUUGACCUUUCUCGCUAUUUCUUUCCUACUGCUGAAUAUAUUCACAACUCACUCAACUCGAAUGGUGCUAGGGUUUUAGUGCACUGUGCAGUUGGCGUAAGCAGGUCGGCUUCACUGGUCCUGGCCUACCUCAUGAUCUACCAUGCCUACACCCUACUGGAAGCCAUCUAUAAGGUCAAAGAGUGCAGGUGGAUUUUCCCAAACAGAGGUUUCCUAAAGCAGCUGUGUGCUUUGGAUCUGGAACUACACAAAGCUCCUGCUCAACCUACAGGCACUUGACCAUUAGUUUUCAUCAGGAUUAGUGAUGCAGUGUGUACCUGCCAGCAGAGGGAGAUGCAGUGCCAGGCAGGGGCAGAAGCAAACCAAGCUGCUGCAGAGCACCUGCGGGCCAGCAGGGGUCCCCCAAGAGUUGCUAUGCUAUCAGACAUGUUAGAUAUCUGUUUAUCAAGAUCUAAACCUUCUUUUAAAUUUAUUCCUAUGGUUUCAAAAUAGGCAAAUGUAUAUAUAUUUAUGUUUUGUUUUCAUUUUAAAAAUGUAAUUCAUGUAAGAUUUAAUUACAUAUAAAAUAUCAGAAGUGGAUAUCACAGAAGGGACAAUCUUCACAGCCUCAAUCAUGAUGAGUUCGGUCAUUUCUGCAGCUCUAACAAGUAAUUACUAAUUUACUUUAGUUCCUGGAAAGCACAACCAAUUAAAUGUUUUCCCUCUUGCCUGACUCUACUGAGUCUGCAAAAUAUUCCCUUAAUAAUAUUUCUUUAAAUAUUAUUUUAAUAAACAAAGGCAGCUAAUGAGACCCCGUUGAGAAUUAGUCAUCCAGAAGG